CAUUAUAACAGAUUAUAUAACAAACUAUCCGGUCAAUUUAACUGAAUCUUUUGGGCAUUAAUUCUUUGCUAACGUUUAACGUGCGGAAGUUUAACGGAAGUUGUCGCCACAAGUGUACCAUAAGUCAAUACGUCAGACUCAGCGAGAAAAACGAGACGCAAAAAGCAGCUCGAGAAAUAGAUGACUGCUUUGGAAGGACAGCAAAAUCGGAGACAGGAAAGCUGCGUUCCUUGUUCAAUUUAGAAUAACAACCGAAAACAUUCUCUACAGAUACGAAGAAUAUGGAUAAUAGUAAGCGGAAUGUUGUUGUAACAGGGUUUGAGCCAUUUGGAGCGCACACCAUUAAUGCCAGUUGGGUAGCAGUCCAGGAACUGAAAAGGCUGGGCUUGGGAAAGGACGUAGACCUGCAUGUGUAUGAGGUGCCUGUCGAGUACCAGGCAGUCCAGAGUUUGGUUCCGUCAUUAUGGAAGCAGUAUCAUCCCCAGUUAGUGGUCCAUGUUGGAGUCUCGGGUAUGGCCACCACCGUUACCUUGGAGAAAUGUGGCCGUAACCAUGGCUACAAGGGUCUGGACAACAGCCGCUUCUGUCCCCAUUCUCAGUGUUGCAUUGAGGGGGGUCCUGACUACAUUGACUCUGUUAUUGACAUGGAAUUGGUCUGCAAGAGAGUGACAGCCUCUGGCCUAGGUGUAGCAGUGUCCGUCUCAAAAGAUGCUGGCAGAUACCUCUGUGACUUCACCUACUACACCUCUCUGUAUCUGAGCCAUGGGCGCUCAGCGUUUGUCCACGUGCCUCCCAUAGCAAAGCCUUAUAGUGGAGAGGACUUGGGUAGAGCCCUUCAAGCCAUCAUACAAGAGAUGCUGGACAUGCUAGACAGAGCCGAAGAGAAGAUCCACUGCCAGCACGUGCACUAAGUGACAUGCUAGACAGAGCUGAAGAGAUGAUCCACUACCAGCACGUGCACUAAGUGACAUGCUAGACAGAGCCGAAGAGAAGAUCCACUGCCAGCACGUGCACUAAGUGACCGGCGAAAGCCAACUGCCUUUACCCCUUACACACAGGAGAUAUUAUGCAGUUAACCACAAAUAGCCCAAUAAUGGUUUUGUUUUAUUACCUCUUCUGGUGCAAAUUAGGAAAUGGCAACGAAACAGACACUUCCAGUUGACUUAUUCCAGAGAAAUGUUUUCACGUUCUUCGUUAAUGUUGCCUCAAGCACUUUACCUGGCCCAGCAGUUUUUUUUUAUCUUAGUGGUUAUGGAUAGAGGUGAGGUGAGUAAAGCUGAUCCAGGUCUAGUGUUUAGGUGUAACUUGAGCUUUCUCCACAUCCUCUCUAGAUAGCAAGAGUUGCUUCCGUGUUCUGGGGAAUUGAACUGGAAUUACUGGAAUUGACAGAAGGGAGCCACCUGCUUGCGUUAAGUGCUACUCUUUUUGAAUCUGUUUUCAUGGUUUUGGCUCUUUAUCCAUACUUUCACUGUAAUCUCAGAAACAGUGUAUGGAAAAGCCCUUUUCUACAUCAACUCACUGUACAAGUUCCACAUUAUUUAUUGGGGUCUUUCCUUUUCCCUUUCAGUUAUUUUAAGGAGAAUUUCUGCCUUUGGUUGUUAAUCAUCAUCUUGAAGAGUUGUUUUUCUUACCAGCCUUUUCAUUGAAGUCUGAGGCAUCCACUUGUUGGUACUACUUAAGUCAUGCUAGUACUUCCUGGAUUGAUGUAUAUUAUGAAAUGGUGCUUUCAUAAUGUGUUUAGUUGGAUUUAUAUGUUCUGAAUGUACCUGAAACAUUUUCUGUAAAGCAUUAUUUAAAGAGAAACUCACAUUGUUUUUGCAUAUGUCCCCCGUUAGUUAUCUGAACAUUUUUGUUUGUCGUUUUUUGCAAAACUUUCAAAUGCAAAAUGUUGCUCUUUUACAUUGAUAGCUUAUUGUUUCUUGAGUCUUUUUUCUUUAUAAGAAGUUGUAAAUUUGCCUUCUUUUACUAAGGUAUCAAGGAAUGGGUUGGUUGUAUCAAUAAUUUUUUUGUCUGUUUGCCCAAUUUUGACUGGUAGCUGUUUGGUAUUGUUUGACAGAUACAGCAUUCGUUCAAUGAACUUCAUCAGAUCAGUAUGCUUAUCACAGUGAAAUGCCUUUUACUGUACUAGUGCACAGGAUGUAGACAGCCAGGUGAGAAUUAGACCCUGUACUUGCAUUUCUAUAGCACUUUCAUUUUUACUUAAUCAAAUUGUUUUGGAUGUUUCAACUUUAUGAACAUCGGUGAGUAGGUUUAAUUUUGCUCAUGUUUUUAUUUGUCAUAAAUAACACUUUGUUUUCUGUAA